UUGGGAACGCGCACGUUCCGCAGCGUGUGCUACGUGCGCGUCGGCCGGCUGUAAACAGGCAGGCGGCACGCCGACGUCGGCAGGCGGAGGAGGGAGGUCGCUCUGUGAGGAGACGGAGGCUGGCUUUGCUACGGGACGGGGAGCAGCAGAUGUGUUGUCAGGGACACUUGCCUUACUGUCCUGCAGUCCAGGACGGACCUGGCCAUCCGUCAUUUGUUAGGUUUAACUUUAAACACUAUCUCUUAUAAUUCUUAAUUUCCGAAGGAUUUGGUUUAUCCUGUCUCUCAGGGCUUGAGAGAAACAAAUUGGUAUUUGCACUGGCUGAAAGCUGCCUAUUUUCCACCUUGAAAACUUGUGAAGAAAAGACUGAUGGACUGAGAUUUGCAGAAACCACCCAUACAGCAGUGUGUUCAGAAAGCUAAUCACAGCAAACAGGAUAGCAUGUGCACAAUCUCCCCAUGCUGUCACUGAACACCUGACCGAAGAUUCCUCAUUUUUGAAGUCUUAAGUGCAGAUGCUUUAGUCAGCUAGUCCAUAUCACCCGCUUGACAAAUCAAAGUCCAAAUUAUCACCCGGACAGCCAUGGCCUCUGUGAUCCAGUCUGACCCUGAAAUCCCAGACAAUUUCAAAGAGAGCUGGUUGGUCCUACUUUCUGCUGCGGAGGCCUACUGCCAGAAGUCGGGAUGUGAUCUAGCCAUCAUCACUGCUAACAAGAGGUUCCGGCCCUCCGUUCCGGAUGGAGACAGUGGCCGGGGGUGGGAGGGUAGCCGCAAGUGGGAAUACUCCUACCACGCUUGGGGCCAGGGGAUGCUUGCAGAUGCCACACGCCGCUACAUGGAUGACAUCGCUGUACUGCACUCAGCCUCGGUGCUGACAGCACAGAGGCAGGCGCGCAGCGGUGUGGGCGAGGCCAGUGGGGCCCACCUGGGGGCAGACGUACCAUGUGAGCCUGGCGGCCGGGUGAGCCUGAUGGGUGACAGUGGAGCCGGGUCAGUCAGCCCCAGCACGCAGCUCUAUUCGCAGAGCUACCCGUCAAUCUACAGCUCGGCUCCUCCUAUUGGCCAGCUGGGGGUACAGAAUGCGAAUGGGGAGAGGGACCGGGAGAGGGUUGCCAUUAAAGAGGUGGAUACCAUCAGAGAGAGGCCAGAGGGAGGCGAGGAGGAGGAGGAGGAGGAAGAAGAGGAGGAAGAGGAGGAGGAGGAAGACAUGGAGAGCCGGAGGGCGAAUCUGAAUGAGACAGCAGGGGUCUUUUCCAUGGAUGAGGAUUCCCUGUCACGUGACUGUGAGCCGUUCUUUGAGUCAGACGGGGAGGAGGAGAGCACUGAUGGCUCCCUGAGCGAGGAUGCCCCACCCCCCUCUCGCAGCAUGGCAGUGGGACACCUCCCCACCCGUGGACACCCUCCCUCCAUUGCACGCUCUCUGCCUGUGUCCGUGCCCGUCUGGGGCUACCGGUGCAGCCGUACGGCGCAGGGGGACAGCCACAGCGGGGAGCGGCCCGGCUGUCCAGAUCUGGACCACAUCGCUGCCAGCAUGCAGGCUCUCCUGGCUCCGAGUGCCACUGACGGCACAGAGAUGUUUGGAGGGCUACCUCGGCCCCGCCUCAACACCGGCGACUUCAGCCUGAAGCACUGAUGAGCACACAGACACACCGACUGAUUCACGUGGGCACCAACUGACAGCAGGGUACACCGACUGACACACUGACGGCGAACAUGCAGACUGACACACAUGGGUGCCGACGACUUACAGCGGAGACACAGACUGACUGCAGAGAUGAGACUGACGGACAUAGAUGCCAACUGCCAGCGGAAACACAGACUGACACACCCAGGCGCUGAUUGACAGUGGAAACACAGAUUGAUGCAUGCGUGUGCCGAAUGACAGCAGAAAUGAGACUGAUGUACCUGGGUGCCAACUGACAGGUGAAACGUAGACUGCUGCAUGUGGGUGCUGACUGAUAGUGGAGGCGCAGACUGACACACUGUGAACGUGCAGACUAAUGCACAUGAGCCUCGACUGAUGGCAGAGACGCAGACUGCAGCAUGUGGGUGCCGACAGACAGCGGAGACUGACACACUAACUGCGAACAUAGAGACUGAUUUGCGCAGGUGCCAACUGAUGGCGGCGGCACAGACUGACAUGCAGACGCAUUGCAUGCAGACAUCAAGGGUGAGACAGACUGACGCACGCAGGCAACGAUUGACAGAGGAGAUGCCGACUGACACAUUGACGAUGAAUGUGCAGACUGACACAUGGGUGCCAGCUGACGGAGACGUAGACUGACGUACAUGGGCACCGACUGACAAUGGAGAUGUAGACUGACGGCAGAGACUUAGACAGACACAUUACACUGCGUACAUUGAGUCGUAUCUCCUACGUACCACGCACUAACGCUUAUGAGCAGCUGACCGCAUGUUGUUUUCGGCUGCUGGCUCAAACUGGAUCGACUGGCUCGCCGAGGUGUGCAGAUGGGAGGGGGAAACACUCCUCAUAAGCAUGGACACCGUCGGGAAGACAGAGACCAUCUGCAUGGAGCAACUCAUGGGUUCAACACUAAGCCGUCCGUGGCUCUCUGCUCUGCUCUCUCAGCAUUGUGCAGUGUAUAAAUGAAAAUGUUUUAAAUAAAGACACAAACCCCAAACCUUA